UACGCCGCCAGCCACGAGUAUCUGGAGCCUCCCGAUGGCCUCUGGGGCGCUAAGUUCCCUAAUGGUUCUUGGUUCGGGAUGAUGGGAAUGCUACAUAGAAGGGAGGUGGACGUAGCUAUUGGUCCCUUUGGAGUAACGCUGGAGAGAACCAAGGUAGCUGACUUCAGUGUCCCUAUCACGGCCACGGACCACGCCAUUCUCUACAGCAGACCGCAGAUUGAACCGGAUCUUUUGGGCUUCAUUAAACCUUUCACUCCUCUGGUGUGGGCAGGUGUGCUAAUUAGUCUCCUGGUGGUCACGGGAAUCGCUCUUGGCCUCCUCGUUCUAUCGCCUUCACGACAACGCCGACCCAGGACAGCUGAUUCAGAAGACCCCAGUUUCCUCUCUUCUUCCUCCUCCUCCUUCUCCUCCUCUUCCUCUUCCUCCUCCUCUUUGUGGGGGUGGCUAUGGGGCUACAGAGCACUGCUGAGCCAACCUGUCCUGAAUCUAAAAGGCGGUGAGGCAGGACGCUUUCUGGCCGGGAUGUGGCUUCUCAUCUCUCUUAUCAUUGCUAUAGUUUACCGUUCAAACCUCAAGGCCAUGCUGAUUGUCCCCAAGGUUCGCGUCCCCUUCGACACACUAGCAGAAUUGGUGGACCAGACAGAGGUGCCCUGGACAAUGGCUUUUGGCUCCAUCGUGCAAAGCUUCUUCAGGUCUGCCUACAACGAAGCGCCCACCUCCACCAUGGGCAGAGGGUGGAAGGGCCGCUCUACCCUCCUCCGUAGCGCUAAGGACAUCAUCCCUACUGUCAUUGGUGGUACUGCUGGCCUCUACACCAGACACUCAUCCACGUAUUUGAUGGGAAAAGACUUCUCUGAGAACGGGUACUGUCGGCUGGCACUGACACGCGGAGGCUACAUGGCAGUACAACACAGCAUGGGCUUCCCUCUCGGCUCGCCCCUCAAACCUGUCCUAGAUAAUUUGGUCUACCGCAUGAUGGAGUUUGGUUUGGUGGAGAAAUUUAUCGCAAAGGAGAUGGCCAACACUUCCUACUGCCUCAUGCCACCGGGGAGGGAAGGAACCACUGAACUGAGACCCUUAGCUCUGGGGGACUUCCUCGGGGUCCUGACUCUCUACGGGGCAGGUGUGGUUGGAAGCAUGGGAAUAUUUGUAGCUGAGGUGAUGCGGCGCUGACAGCACCACCACCACCACCACCACCACCACCAGGAAGGAUUUGAAGGACCGAUGUACUGCACCAAGCACCACUACCACCACCACCACCACCAACAACAACAACAGCGUCAGCAGCAGUACGCCCCUAGUCAGCGCAGAGCGGGCGUCAGUGCGAGGCGUCAGCGUGGCCAGAGAUGAAUGGGGGCGGCAGUGGUGGUGCAAUCUGUCACGGGCGUGAAUCACCACGACACGAGGCGCCCACCCCAACCCAGCCUCCCAGCCACCCCCGCCUCCCCCGCUGCCCUAGUGCUGCCUGCACCCUUCUGUGUCCCGGCCAGUGUCAAUAAUACUGCCCUCCAUCACCAACACUCACUAUUAUUUUCCUUCCUUAUCCAUCACCAAGGGCAAACUUCGCCGCGCUCACCGCCUCACACCGGAAAGGUCUGCCACUCCACACCUCCACACCACCCCCUGCUGCCACUCCACCCCA